CCCAGGCGGUGACGUCACCUCUCCACACCGGGACUGGGCUGAGCGGAGGCUGUAGGCGAGGCAGUAAGAGAGACAGAUAGAGGUCGCGUCAGUCGUAGUAGUCUAAAAAAACAUCCUCCCUGCUGUCAUGCACUUCUGUUUGUAACUUAAUUGUUUGUUGCUAUAGUCAGGAGACCGACGGAGAGGAGUAGAGGACGUAUUUUUCUUUUUGAGAGACGGAAGGACCCGUGUCUGAUUUCUAAAAAGGACUAGGAGAUAUCCACACACAGAGACCUGGGUUAGAGAGAGAUUUAACGUCCGUUUUUCGGUGAAAGGGAAGCUAUGUCGUCCGCGACGGUAGCUGCUUCAAGAAGGCAGUCUUGUUAUUUAUGCGACCUGCCCCGCAUGCCCUGGGCUAUGAUCUGGGAUUUUACCGAGUCCAUCUGCAGGGGAUGUGUCAACUACGAAGGAGCGGACCGGAUCGAGUUUGUGAUUGAGACAGCCCGGCAGCUGAAGCGGGCUCACGGUUUACAGGAGGGGAGAUCUCCAGGGCCUGUUAAACAGCAGCAGCUCUCGGGGAAAGAAAUCCAUUCUAAUCACCACGGCUCUGGAGGAGACAACGGUUCCCGACCACCUCAGCCCCUUGACCGCUACCCCCUCUCCACCUCGGACCGUCCUCCGCGGCUGGGGCCGGAGUACCAGUCUGGGAGACAGGCUAACGGCAUUCCGGUACCUAAUGGAUUUCCUAAACCGGACGAUCCACCAGAGCUUAACCGACAGAGCCCAAACCCGCGCAGGAAUAACACGGUUCCUCCUAAUCUAGUGCCUUUGGUGAACGGGAACAUGUCCUCCGUGCACGCCGUUAACGGGCGACCGAUGGGGCACCCGGGGUCAGGUUUGAUGGCUGGUAGCCCCAACGGGCACGGCGGUAAGCGCCCGGCCUCGUUCUCCAGCAUCGAGCAACACGAGAAGGAUAAGCACAGACCGGACAGCCUGACACCGGAGAUAGAGAACCACAAACAAAGAACGGAUGACUGGAUGAACAAGGGGAAAACGGUCAGGGACUUGAUGGCUCUCCAUACCUUCGACAACCGGUUCAAGAAGGAUCCUGCCGCCAUGCAACAGAGGGUGAUGGGCUAUGAGCAACAACAGAACGCCGCAGCUUCUAAAUCAGACAGGGGAAAACACCCGCGGACUAUGAAGAGGAAAGCGUCGCCGGAACCGGAGGGAGAGAGAGAGGGAACCGCCACCAAGCAUAACGGAGAGGACAGACAGCAGUGGUUACCAGGUCCACCAUCUGACCGUGACGGACAUAAAAUGCCCCCGGGACCACCACCAAGCUUCUCCUCCGUCCCCACCAAUACCAUAUCCCCCCACUCACGCACCACCCCACCGGAAGCUGCGCAGAACGGCCAGUCCCCCAUGGCGGCUCUGAUCCUCGCGGCAGACAACGCCGGUGGUGGCGGGAACAGCUCGCCCAAAGACGGGAACCAGGUCCACUCCACCACGCGCCGCAACAGCAGCAGCCCGCUCUCGCCCUCUUCCCUGAACCAGAACCGGCGGCCUGGACAGGGGAGAGAUGGUACUGGGACCACUCACGUGUCAGGAGGAGGCGUGGACCAAGGGCACGGACCUCAAAGCAUUCCGGACCCGUCAGUACCCGGGAGCGUACCCCUCUGCUGCACGCUCUGUCACGAGAGGUUAGAGGACACGCACUUUGUUCAGUGUCCGUCGGUACCCUCGCACAAGUUCUGCUUCCCGUGUUCGCGGCAGAGCAUCAAACAGCAAGGAGCCACCGGGGAGGUGUACUGUCCCAGCGGGGAGAAGUGCCCGUUGGUCGGCUCUAACGUACCGUGGGCUUUCAUGCAAGGAGAAAUCGCUACCAUCCUUGCAGGAGACGUCAAAGUAAAAAAAGAGAGGGAUACUUGAUUUCCAUUUUCAACAUGGGGAAGGGAUUGUUGUGGGGGGAGGGGGGAGUUCAAAUACAUCUAUAUACAUAUAAAAAUACCACAUACCUACUGCAUACCAUCCAAGCAAACUAAUGGACUAUGUACAUAGUGGACCCAAACCGAAGGGACUCCUGCAUACCAUCCAAGCAAACUAAUGGGCUAUGUUUAUAGUGGACCUCAAACCGAAGGGACUCCUGCAUACCAUCCAAGCAAACUAAUGGACUAUGGACAUAGUGGACCCAAACCGAAGGGACUCCUGCAUACCAUCCAAGCAAACUAAUGGACUAUGGACAUAGUGGACCCAAACCGAAGGGACUCCUGCAUACCAUCCAAGCAAACUAAUGGGCUAUGUUUAUAGUGGACCCAAACCGAAGGGACUCCUGCAUACCAUCCAAGCAAACUAAUGGACUAUGGACAUAGUGGACCCAAACCGAAGGGACUCCUGCAUACCAUCCAAGCAAACUAAUGGACUAUGGACAUAGUGGACCCAAACCGAAGGGACUCCUGCAUACCAUCCAAGCAAACUAAUGGACUAUGGACAUAGUGGACCUCAAACCGAAGGGACUCCUGCAUACCAUCCAAGCAAACUAAUGGACUAUGGACAUAGUGGACCCAAACCGAAGGGACUACUGUAUUCUUCAGUAAAACAUGACUGUAACGUUUUUAGAUUUUUUUGGAAUACAUUGUGUUUGUAUAUUUUUGAAGAUGAAGGUAUGUAAUCAUAAUAAAAUAGGACUCUUCUUGGUCCCUCUUUGUUGAUGUACUUCUAAGUUUACAUCUCAAAUUGCACCCUAUUCCCUAUGCAAUGCACUACUUUUUAACCAGAACCCCCUAGGGGAAACCCAUAGGGCUCUCUGGUCAAGACUAGUGCUUUAUGUAAGGUACAGGGUGGUUGUUUGGGACGUGACCUGUCUGAUAGCAGUUCCUUUUCAAAACGUAGAAUGUGACUGAUGAUGACUAGCCUCUCUCUCUGUAAACACUUAGCAUCCAACUUAAAUCAUUUAACUGUAAUGUGUAUAUGCACUUGUUUCAAAAAAAAAUAAUUGCCAAAAUACAAUUUGUGAUCUUGUAUGAAGAA